UUGUUGCACAAAAUUCUAAGAAAAUAUACUUAAGUUUUGUAAUGUGACACUGAAUUAAAAAGCAACAUUUUAUUAAAUGCUGAACAAUUUUAAAUGGUUUUACAACAAAUGAAGUGACUUUGUGAAAGCAGCAAAAUACAACAACAUUGUCCUAAUCUCCAAAUAUACACAUGAACCCAAGCGCUAAUCAGGAAUUGUAUUUUGUAUGCACAGGAGUCUGGAUAUACAGUAACCCUAGUUGUAUGAAAGCAUACUUAUUACUGCAGAAAGAUUUGGUUUCAGAGGCAUUAGAGCGUGUGGAUAAGAGUAUGUUAGAAUGUGAAAUCAGCAACAUAACAUAGUAUGUGAACUAUGAGUAAGCUUAGUUUCAGUAAAAUGGAAAACAGUAGUCCUGGUGAACAUACACACCAUCUAAAUCCUAAAAUUGUACCGAUCCAGUGCCAAACAUUAGACUGUUUAAUUUAAAUUGCAGUUGAGCUGUUAUUAAACAGUGUAGGACCUCACAUUAUGCACCUGUUGAAGAUGUUGUUUUUGAAAAAAAAGUCAAACUAAUUAGGGGAUUAAACUCACUGACAAACAAAUAACAACAGACCAGUAAUUUACUUGGGAUAAUCAUGGGUAUUAUCUCCGGACAACGGCCUAUAAAACUGGGUGUUAGUGCAGGUCAAAUGGCAACACUGAAGAAAGAUCUGCCAGGAAAAGAUGGAGCAGAUUAUCCUGCUGUGUGCGCUCUCAGCUUGUCUCUCGGCCGUGAAUGCUCAGAAAUAUUUGCUCAGUCCCAAAUGGAUACCUGUUGGUUUGAGGGAGCCUGAAGGAAAAAAAGAGGGCACUGCAAUGGAUCAAAUAAUUAAAGUCAAUGAGUUUCAUGGUUCCCACGUCAUCGACGGUUCCACCACCCUCAGAGAGGGAGAUAUUGCUGUGUCCACUGGAAGGCGCUCAAAGAUCUGCUUCGCCCGGAGCUGCCUCUGGUCCAAAUCUGUGGAUGGACAUGUCUACGUUGCCUACACACUCUCACCUGAUUACUCUGACAUCGAGACAAAGCUGAUAAAGGAGGGAAUGGACAACAUAGAGGACAGCACCUGCAUCCGUUUUGUUCCACGAACUCACCAAAGAGACUACAUCGACAUCCAGCCAAAGUCAGGAUGUUGGUCCUACCUUGGCUCUCGUGGAGGAAAACAGACCCUGUCGCUCCAGAAUCCAGACUGCAUGCAUAUUGGAGUGAUUUCCCAUGAGUUUAUGCAUUCCCUGGGCUUUGUGCAUGAGCAGUCCCGCUUUGACCGCGACAACUAUGUCACCAUCAUGUGGCCGAACAUUUGGAGAGAUCGAGUAAGAAACUUUGAGAAGUUUAAGACAGAAAAUCUGGACCUGCCGUAUGACUUUGGCUCAAUUAUGCACUUUGGGAUGUAUGCCUAUUCAAUGGCCGGGGAACCAACCAUCGUCCCAAAGAACGGCAGGAACGUUAAGCUCGGCCAGGCAUCAUCUCUCAGUCACGUUGACAAGCUAAAAAUCAACAGGCUUUAUCAAUGCGCCGUGAAUGAUGAUUAGAACCUGAACCAAGCCGAGGUGAAGGAGGAAUCCUCUGAAAGCAGACUGCUGCUGAAACAUAUUCAUACAAUCUCAUAAUAUUUUAGGCCUUGUUUUGUGUAGCUGAACUUGUAUUUGUUUGAGUGAGACAUGUAACUUUAUAUUUAAUGUUUUAGUAGACAGAAUUGGCAUAUAUCUUUGCUGUUGUAUAGUGAAAGAUGAAAUGAAAGUUAUUGCCUUGUUAAAGUAGUCACUUAAUAUAUCCCUGUUCACUUCCUGCAAUAAAAAUGUUAAAGAAUAAAAAAAACC